AUGACUCAAGGCGCCAGACGCCCAGGGUUCCAGAAAGUCGGAAGCGACUGGGCACGCGCUGAGUUGGACCGUACGCUGCUGUGUCUGGGUCUGAACGUACGACGGGUAGAGGGAGACUUUUCCAUCAAGAGAUCUCCCCCCGUUGACGGUACGAUGGGAGAGUCCGAUGGCGAGCAUUCGAUCUUUGGUCCGACGAGAACUUCCGACGAGAACAAUGAGUUCGCCGAAUCUACACCGAAACCGCUGCAGAAGACCUUGAACAAGCCCUUUAACAUGACCCCGUCAAAGCUUGCAGACGCGAACGUGGCACCUUUCCUUGCGAAACACAUCCCAGAACAAUACGCUCCUCUUGGCCCGCAGCCGGGCGAUUCGGUUGAAUCGGCAAUGGCCAGCUCGAGAUUCUGCUAUCGACACCGGCCCGAUCUGAAGUGUCGGCGCCAGGCCGACGAGCCGACCAUGGACAAGCUGCAGCAUGAUCUGGAAUCGCUGCCUCAGCGAGAUCGCCAGGGGAUCGCUCAUGUUUGGUCCCUCUUCUCCGCCGCUCCACCGAAACAGAGAAAAUUGAUGUUGCAGGGGAUCUUAUCCCAAUGUUGCUUCCCGCAGCUUUCAUUCAUCUCGGAGACCGUCGAUAACCUUGUUCGCAUCGACUUCCUCGCCGUAUUGCCUCCCGAGCUCUCGUUCAAGAUUCUCUGCUAUCUCGACACGGCCUCACUUUGCAAAGCCGCGCAAGUCUCUAGAAGAUGGAAGGUUCUGGCUGAUGACGAUGUGGUCUGGCACCGCAUGUGCGAGCAACACAUCCAUCGGAAAUGCAAGAAGUGCGGAUGGGGUCUACCACUACUGGACCGCAAGAGACUACGCGACUCUAAGCGAGAAAUUGAGCUCCGUGCCACCAAUUUCAAUAUGAACGCUGCCAUCUCGGCCUCCUCACCUUCCCACACCGCCGAUACUCCUUGUUCCCAGUCAGAAGUUGCCACUAUCAAUAAAAACAAGCGCAAAUCCGAUGACAUUCCUGCCGAGGAAGAGGCGGCCGUCAAACGCCCGUGUACCUCCAUUCCGUCUGCGCCCGAGGAAGAUGGUGACUUUUACACCCGGCGCCGUAUUCCUUGGAAGUCCGUCUACAUGAAACGCUGGAAAGUGGGCAAUAACUGGAGGCACGGGCGAUGCAACGUCAAGACCUUCCGGGGACACACCAACGGAGUCAUGUGCCUCCAGUUUGAGGAUAAUAUCCUGGCCACCGGUUCCUACGAUAUGACUAUCAAGAUCUGGGAUACCGACACCGGGAAAGAGCUACGCACGCUCCGAGGCCAUCGUGCUGGUAUUCGCUGCCUACAGUUUGACGACACAAAACUGAUCAGCGGAAGCCGGGAUGGAGUCUUGAAAAUCUGGAAUUGGCGCACAGGUGCUUGCAUUGGCACCCACAUUGGUCACCAGGAUGGAAUAAUCGGAUUGCAUUUUGAUGGUGGAAUUCUGGCAACGGCCUCCGUCGACACGACUGUGAAGAUAUGGAACUUUGAAGGCAAAUCAACCCACGUCCUGCGUGGCCACACCGACUGGGUAAAUGCCGUUCGCAUCGAUGCCUCGUCACGAACCGUCUUCUCAGCCUCGGACGACUGCACCGUCCGAAUCUGGGACCUGGAUACUAAGCAGUGCCUCCGCAUCUUUCACGGUCACGUGGGCCAAGUGCAACAAGUUGCUCUGUUGCCUCGCGAAUUUGAACUUGACUAUGAAGAGCAUGAUGCUCAGUGCGAGAACGAUAACCAUAGCGUUCUCUCUGCGGCUGCUACCGAUUCGCCGUCGCCUCACAGAACGGAAGACGAUGCCGAUUCCGUGGAGCUGCAGACCGACUCGUUCGGACCCUUCUUCAGCAGCAGUGGCGACCGCCCUGAGCCUCCCCGCUACAUGAUCACCAGCGCAUUGGAUUCGACCGUUCGUCUCUGGGACACGAUGACGGGCAAAUGCCUGCGCACGUUCUUCGGCCACGUUGAGGGCGUCUGGGCGCUGUCAGUCGACAAUCUCCGUGUGGUUACCGGAGCCGAGGACCGCAUGGUCAAGCUUUGGGACCCUCGCACCGGUCUUAACGAGGGCACCUUCACGGGCCAUCUGGGCCCAGUCACCUGUGUUGGCCUGGGUGACAGCCGCUUUGCUUCUGGAAGCGAAGAUUGCGACGUGCGCGUUUAUAGUUUCGAGGAUGAUGAGGUGUGAUGCGCGUCUCGUUCUGUGCUUUUCAUCUGUUUCAUUGAUACCCGGUAGUCUGUUCAAGGCUUUUCUUUUCUUUUCCCCCUUUCAUCAUUGGCAAAAACGACAUAUCGGGGAUAUUUCCUCUUUUACUACUUUUGUUCUAUCAAAGCAUCCUACUGUACCUCUGGAGGCGUUCAUCUUUUUUGAAUAUAUGUUUUUUUAUAAGGGGUGUUCUUUUGGGCAUAUGGGCUUUUGGGGAGUCCGGUGUUUUCUCAGGGAAUAUGGUUACUAUUGAAUAUUAAGAUAUUAUGAUCUCAUUACCACACCUUACCAUAUAUAGUUAUGUUAAGUACAUAAUAUCAUAUUUUCUUGCGAUUCC